UUGCGAUUACAAAAAUAAAGGAGGAACUGUAAAUUAGGAAAUACAGUCAAAUUUUUAAAGUUUAGCCAAAUGAAUAGUGGGUGGGAAGACCAAAGAAAAACGUAUUAUACAUAGUACAAUUUUUUUUUUUUUUUGAAGCAAAUACAUAGUACAAUUUUCUUUACUAACACAUAUCACUAUUAUAAAUUUAUAAUACUCUUCCUAUGUCUUUGGAAUUAUCUACCCGUUAUGUAGUUAUAUACUCACACUUACUAUAAUUCUUAUUGGAGAACAUCUUGGGAAGUCUUCUUAUUAGUCUUGACUUUCACUGAGAUAUAAAAAAGUCAACUCUUCCUUAAUCAAUUAAGAUUCUCAAUCAUAGGGUAUUCACACAGCUAUCUCCAUGUUUUUUCUCACAAUUCCAACUAUGAAGGUCAUGCUUAUUGGAUCCAGCUAGCUUCUGGGUGAGACAAAGUAAACAUCCAGCUAGUUAGAGAGAAUUUCAACUAGGAAUUCGUCUUAGAUUUUCGCUAUUGAUUUGAUUGUAUAUUUGUAUAUGUAGUGUAAUAAUGUCCUAAAAGUAAAAAUUGGACGGCCUUAAUAAUAUCGGCACGACCCAAAGAGUAAGAGUUGUGAAUCGUGAGGGUGGGCUGGUGGAGAUGGCUGAAUCCGCGGUGUCCUUUGCUGCAGAACACAUCGAUACUCUGAUUCUUGAAGAUUCCAAGGCUUUAUAUGAUGUGGAAUCUGAAGCAAAAAACCUGCACAAAGAGCUGAGGAAAUUGGAGGAGUUCCUUGAUUCAGUAAGAAACAAGGAACCGAGAAACAUUGAGCAGGUUCGGUCCUCACUGGCUGAUCUUGGAAGGAUUGCUUAUAAUGCUGAGGAUGUUGUGGAUACGUUUGUAUCCGAAACAGAAGGCAAGGUAUUUAGAAGCCUGAUGCCACGCGGUCUCUUCAAGUCCUCUCGGGUUCAACAGGCCUCCAACAAGAUCCAGAUGCUCCUAGAGGAGAUGAAAGAGGUAAAGACCAAGUUGAAAGAUCAGUAUGAUCAUGAGCGUGGUGAAGGAUCGUCGAAUACCCCAAAGAAGAAGUUGAGGGAGGCACAAGUCCAUGGUGCUCUGGCAUUCCAGCAGGCUCAUCUCCAAGCUGACAAUGAAUUUGUCGUUGGCAUUGAUGAUGAUGUGAAUAGGCUGAUUAAGUUAUUAGUCGGGAAAUUGGAUGAGCAUGCCCAGAGUCGCAGUCAGGCUAGCUCGGAGCCAGUUGAUGUGCUUGCCAUUGUAGGAAUGGGUGGUUCUGGCAAAACUACUAUUGCUAGGAACAUUUACAAACACCAGAAGAUCAGUAAGCAUUUCAAGAAACAGGCAUGGGUACCGCUCUCUAAAGAAUGGGAGUGGAACUCAUAUCAUGAGAAAGUGCUAAUGUCCGAACUUCUUAGACAAUUGGGAGGCAGUGGAACUGGAAAUAAACUCCUUGGAGGCGUUGCUUCCACAAUAAUUUCUGGUCAUCAAAAUCAACCAAACGAUGAGUCCACUGAAGUCUUUAAGUUGACCAAAUCACGGCUCCAAUAUCUACUGAGCAACGAAAAAUGCCUAGUAGUGUUGGACGAUGUAUGGCACUGGGAAUAUUUCCAGAAGAUCCUCCACAACUUGUUGAUCAGUGAUGAGGAUGAAUCUUCUAGUGUCUUUACUACCGCUGGCACCAAGAUAGUAAUCACUACUCGACAGCAUCUGCAGCUCUCUGCAGACAUCAACUUGAAAUGGCAAUGCCAUUACACACGAUUCCUCAGCGAUGAGGACAGCUGGAAGCUGUUUAACGAGAUGACUAAAAGCAACGAAAGAGAGCUAGCUAAGGAGCACCGGGGAUUGGCUAUGGAGAUGCUAGGGACAUGCAAAGGUCUGCCAUUAGCUAUAGUGGCAUUAGGCAGACUCCUUAAGCUAAAGGACACUAUCCAAGAAUGGGAAAGGGUGUUUUCCCGCUUAGACAGCGAAGAGGGCAUGCAUCUAUACAGGCCAGUAAAUGAUAUCUUGGCCUUAAGCUAUGAUGAGCUGCCAUAUUACUUAAAGCCAUGCUUUUUAUACUUGGGACUCCUAGCAGAAGAUUCCACCAUCUCUGCAGGGUCACUGAAGAGAAUGUGGAUUGCUGAAGGAUUUGUUAAACGGCAAACAAAAAUCAACGAAACGCCUGAAGAUGCUGCAAAUCGACUCUUGCAGGAACUAGUAGAGCACACAAUGGUUCAAGUUGUGACCAAAACUUAUGCUGGAAAAGUCAAGACUCUUCGGGUUCAUGAUAUAAUGAGGGACCUUUGUAUCCUGAAAGCCCAUGAGCUAGACUUCCUCACCAUUUUUGCUUCAGAUGCUGAUCAAGGCACCGGGACUCAUUCAUCACGCCGAGCUGCAAUCGACUUCAGCAAAUGUUCCAAACCACUUUCAGCAGAUAACUCUCAUCUUAGAUCAUUGCUGCUUUUUGCACAAUCCAGUGCUGGUGUUGGAGUUGGCAAACAUGUUAGUAGAGUGAGCCAGCAAGGUAAAUUGGACCUGGCCUUAGUAUGCGAAAAGUUCAAAUUGCUAAGGGUCUUGGAUAUCAUUGGAGUUAAAGCCUUGGAUAGCACCAUGCCAAAAGAAAUAGGCAACUUGAUUCACUUAAGGUAUCUAAGGGUAAGAUCAACAAACAUACGAGAACUCCCCAAGUCUAUUGGGAAAUUGCGGAAGUUGUUGACCUUAGAUUAUUGGGAUAUAUCAGCUCAUAAUAAUGAAGUAAUAAUACCUAAUGUCUUGUCAAAGUUGGAGUGUCUUCGACAUCUUUUCCUUCCGGGUGAUUCAACAAGUAACACAUUGGAGGACUUGAAGUUGGAUACUCUCGAGGAGCUACAAACGUUAUGGGGUGUAAAAGGAGGAAAUUGGAUACUAAAAGAAAUUAAAAACUUGAGCUCCAAUCUUAAAAAGCUAUGUAUACAAGGGAUAUCAAGUCUUGAACAAUUAGAGGCAGUGUUCAACUGCCCUGUGAUCAAGACAUAUGAUCAUCUCUAUGCCUUGGCUUUGGAUUGGUAUGGGCAGUAUAGCUUCUCAUUGGAGUUGCCUCUAAAAGCGUUGUCUUCAAAGGAGAACCUGAAAAAACUCAAGUUGAUGGGAAGAGCACCAGAUAGGUCAAACCCAAUUAAGUUUCCCUCUAGCCUUGGAAAAAUAGAACUGCACUUCACUCAGCUUGAGGAGGAGGAAACUAUGGAUGCUUUAGGAAAGCUGCGUAACUUAAAGUUCCUACGAUUAGCCAAGGACUCGUACAUAGGGAGUGAAUGGAUUUGUAAGGAAGACUCGUUCCCAGCACUUGAGGAAUUGAAAUUAUCUAAUUUGCCGAAGUUAAAAAUAUGGGAUAUGAAAAGGAGGACAAUGCAAUGUCUUAAAAAGAUGUUAAUAUCCUCUUGUGCUGGUCUAGAAAGAAUGCCAAAAGAAGUGAAGUUCAUAAGUACUAUUGAAACCUUGGAGAUAGCACGCAUGCCAACUGAAUUCAACAGUAGAUUCAGAAAGGCUAAAUCAUGGGAUUCAACUAGUAUUGGAGGCGAAGAUUUCCACAUAGUUCAGCACAUCCCUAACAUUAGAAUUCGAGAUUCAUGUGCCCCAUUGUUGUUCUAGCUCAUACCCCAACAAGAAGUAAAGAACUAGAGAUUCUGGAGCAUUAAGAAUUUAUGAGACAGCUACUUGUCAUGCAGAAUGUUGGACAAUUGGAGGGCAAACUAUUUCAACUCAUUUGAUAGGAGGUAAAAUUGAGGUGACUAAUGGUAAUGAAUUGAUACAUAAUUUGGCAAGGAAAGUCUCUGACAAUGCUCAUGGUAAUACAACUCCACCUGUAGCUGUGAAAUAAUCUUCAUAACUUCUCAUUACCUCUAAAAGUGGUACAGUAGGAAGUGACGGAUUAAAAAAAAUAUAUAUAUCUUCCUAUUUCCUACAGCCAGAGUUGCAUUACCAUGGACAUUUACAUAGAAUUUUCCUCACCAAAUUACAUACAAUUUCAUUACCAUUUCCUGCCGCCUACAAGAAGAACCAUAAGCUACUAAUGAAGUUAAGUAAUGUUCCUCCUGAGUCCUAACUGAAAAAACUAGAUCGGAAGGACUUCAUGAGUUCUUGCAUGGGUACUACUCAUGCAGAUCGAAUGGGAUUCAUUGAAAGAAAAUUUGAGAAAUGUUCAUGGCUACCAUUCAACCGUUGAAUUGAAGAAAAUUGACUAUAGUAUCAGCAUGAUUGGCUAGUUCAUCUUAUCGAUAACAAAUUUCAAAUUGGAAGUAUUCAGUCUUAUACAUACAUCCUCUUAGUUUGAAUUUUAAUUUUGGCGUAUUUACGUAUUUAAUUUUAAGGAAGCCAAGUCUUCUGCGAUAAUAGUUGUGUUGUUUUUUAUUUAUUUUUUUAUUUUAAAGCUCCUAAGUUACUUGGGUUGUAAAUAGGUUUGUAACUUUGUAAGACAUGUCAAGUUUGUCCAGUUUGAUUAAUAAAGAUGAAAGUUUUGAAUGUAUCAUCUGUUAAAGACCCCUUUUCAAGGUGCUUAACUAUAUCCUCAUUCAAUUGCUCAUACUGCAUGCUCACUGCAUAAUCCUCCUCAUAGGCUAUUAAGCCUUUUUUUUUGUGCUACAAGUCCAUAAAAUUUCACCCUACCCUAGAAUUGAAAGAGUAAGCCCAUAAACUUAUAUGUUAGUCAUUUUCACUCCUUUUCAUCAACGUUUGACAAUUUACAUAUGAAUUUUUCUCUGUAACAUAAUUAAUGAUCUAAGUUCAUAAUCAGAAAUUGUGGAACAUUAUAUUA